AUGUCCCCCACUUUAUGUAAUGAUAAUGAUAUGAUUUGUCCUUAUCAUCGUUAUUCAUAUGGGGUGUUCUGGCGACCAUCUUCCGUAUGUCAGUCACCUUAUCGCAAUCAUAAAAGACCAAAAGCUACACAUUCCUUGCCUGCAGACUACUACAGAAAGUUAAUUGAAAUAGAAAGUUUUAAAGGUAAUAAAAAUUAUGAAUUUCCAAUUGGACAAAAGGUUUGUCGGAAAUGCUCAACAAAGAUCACGUCCGAUUGUAAUAACAAGAAUGACACAACAUUGAAUGAUGAAAAUUCAUGUUCGACAACUCGUAUGUCGAAAACAAAAGCCCAAGAACGACUACAAGAGUUUACGGUAUCUAAUGAUGCCGAAUCUGAAUACGAGUCUCAAUCCAGCAGUUGUUCUUCAAAUUUCAUGUAUACAGAAAUAUCUUUGAAUGAUGUUAAUCAGUUACUAGCGAAGCUUUCCAAUAACAUCAAGCCUUUAAAGUAUCAAAUUCGUCAGCCGAUACGUAAUCUGUCCAAUAUCACCAUUCGAGAACUAAAACGUCAUUAUGAAUCUAUUCUCAAUGAAGUAUCGACUUUUCUUUGUGAAUCUACGGCACCCGGACAAGGCACAGAUCUUCUUGAAAUAUUCAAAGAAACUGCUGACAAUGAUACUGAUGAAGAAAAACUCGAUCCUGUUAUGCAAUCAAUAGUUGAGGCUUAUUGGUCUGCUCCAAGUCGUAAAUGGAAAUUCUUUCUUCUAUCCAUGGUACCACAACACUUUACUCAUAAAGAAUUGCAGUCGAUCUUCAAUUGUAGCCGUUAUAUAAUUGAUAAAAGUCGUCAUCUUCGUCAUCAAAAUGUUCAAUUUAAUUUAAUGAACCGAAAAAUUAUUCGACGAGAACGCCUGGACAAACAUCGACUCGAAUUUUUUUUUUAUUUUUGA